GCCAGCCUGGAGAGUUAGAAAGGGUCCGUUCUUGGAUGGUGGCGCUGAGAAACUUCGCAAACGGAGAGAGAGUGUGUGAUUGAGAUCCGGCGGGAGUUUCUAACUUGCUCGGCAGCACCAUUAAGAUCGCGCUCUUAACAUGGGGGACGUGAAACUGGUAUCUACUAGGAUCUCCAAAGCCACUUUGACCUUGGACCACUCUUCUCUAAGGCCUCCUGCUCAAACAGAAGCACCAGCAUUUACUUUACCUCCAAGGAAUAUCCGGGUGCCACUUGGAGGCACAGCCAGGUUUGAAGGAAAGGUCAGAGGAAACCCAGAACCUCAGAUCACAUGGUACAGAAAUGGGCAUCCCGUGGCAGAGGGAGAGCGCUGUAUAGCAGACCGCAGCAUUCGCGGGCUUUUCAGCUUGAUGAUCAAAGGGGUGCAGGAGGAAGAUGGUGGCCCCUACACAUGUGAGGCCAGAAAUGCUGGUGGAGUUCGCCAGGUGACAGCGGAAUUAACAGUGGAAGGAACUGUUCUGAAGAAGUACAGUCUACCUUCCAGUGCCAAAAGUUCUGGUGGUAGACUUAAUGUUCCACCUGUAGAGCAACGGCCAAGCAUCUGGGGCGAAUGUCCACCCAAGUUUGCAACAAAACCCAACCGGGUCAUUGUGCGAGAGGGACAGACAGGUAGAUUCUCCUGUAAGGUAACAGGGCGACCUCAGCCUCAAGCCACUUGGUUCAAGGCUGAAAUUCAGGUGCAGAAAGAUGAUCGUUUCAACAUGUUUGAGAAAGCAGGCAUCCAGUUUUUGGAAAUCCAAAAUGCUCAGCUGGCCGAUGCUGGAACGUACACUUGCACGGUGAUGAAUAGCGCUGGGAAGGCUUCUGUGUCUGCAGAGCUCAUGGUUCAAGGUUCUGUUAAGAGAGAUGUGUCUGCUCAACCUCUUUGCACAUCAACAAAAUCCAGUGCUUCUACAAAAUCCACCAUCACAACCAAAGCAAUUGAGACCUCAGAGUUUAGAAAGGCCACUAGCAAUGGGAUUGCUAAGGAACUGAAAUCCACAACCACCAAACUUUUGCUCGAACCCAAAGAAAGGCCAGCCGUGAAGAACGAGGACCCUCCUCCUUCAUCCAAAGAAGCCAAACCGAAUAGAACAGAACAGUUGAAGGAACCCAAUGUAGAGCCCCUUAAUGAAGAAGGGAGAGGUUAUCGGGUCCUGCAAAAAACAUCAAGCACUAUAACACUACAAUCAGUUAAAGUGCAACCUGGACCAAAGGCAGAAUUGAAAGCCACUUCCUCCGGACCAGAAGACGAUGGGAAAAGGCCAAAGCAACCACUGGCAGCAGGUUGGCAGGCUGCCUCUUCUACUAGGCUCGGUGGUCUGAGGACUAAGGGAUUGGAAGACUGUGCUGGAUUAAAGAAAAGCGUAACAGAAAUAAAGAGGGAGACCCAAGGGAUCCCUCCCCAAUUUGAGUGUCGUCCACAAAGCCAAGAAGUGCUAGAAGGAGAAGAGGUUACAUUCAGAUGUAAAGUUUCAGGGAAAUCCAAGGCAAACGUUGAAUGGUUCAAAGAAGGAGCCCAAGUGGAAGCGGGAGAUGGAGUCCAGAUAUAUGAAGAGGAUGGGAUCCAUUGUUUCUGUCUGAAAAAAACCCAGUUGGAAAACAGUGGCUCUUACUGUUGCACAGCUUCCAAUGCUCAAGGUCAUACUUCAACCAGGUGGAUAUUAACUGUGAAAAGACCUAAAAUGAAGGAUGUUGCGCCGCACUUUUCCAGUGUAUUGAAAUCCUGCAGUGUGAGUGAAGGCCAGGAUUUUGUGCUUCAGUGCUCAGUUGAGGGUACACCUGUGCCUCAGAUCACUUGGCUCCUCACUGAUCAGCCAAUUCAGUAUGCCCAUUCUGUCUUUGAAGAUGGAAUUGCAAAGUUGACUGUUCAAGAUGCCUUACCAGAAGACGAUGGGGUAUACACUUGUCUGGUAGAAAAUAGUGCUGGAAGGGCAUCCUGCAGUGCUCAAGUUACUGUCAAAGAAAAGAAGAGCAGAAACAAAUUAGAAAGUGCACACCCUGCUCCAGACAACAAAACAUUUCCUCCAGUCUUCCUUAAGGGCCUAACUGAUCUCAAGGUGAUGGAUGGAAGUCAAGUGAUUAUGACAGUAGAAGUUUCAGCUAACCCGCCUCCUGAAAUAAUUUGGCUGCACAAUGGGAAAGAAAUACAGGAAACGGAGGAUUUUCACUUUGAGAAGAAGGGCAAUGAAUAUAGCCUCUACAUCCAGGAGGUAUUCCCCGAAGACACAGGAAAGUACACCUGUGAUGCCUGGAAUGACUUAGGAGAAAUUCAGACUGAAGCAACACUGACUGUACAAGAACCCCAGGAUGGCAUUCAGCCAUGGUUCAUUAGCAAACCACGGUCAGUGACCGCAGUAGCUGGGCAGAACAUCCUCGUUUCCUGUGCCAUUGCUGGAGAUCCUUUCCCCACAGUGCACUGGUUCAGAGAUGGUCAAGAAGUGACACCAGGAGCAGGCUGUGAAUUCUUACAGAAUGAAGACAUCUUCACGCUGAUUAUCAGGAACGUACAACCCAAUCAUGCUGGCCAGUAUGAAAUACAACUCAGGAACCCAGUUGGAGAAUGCAGCUGUCAGGUGUCUUUGAUGCUGAGAGAAAGUUCAGUUUCCAAAGGAGAAAUACACUGCGAUGGGAGGCAGACAGAACGAAGAGAUGCUGAUAAUCACGAUGCACUGACAUUUGGAAGCACUGGUGGCUUCAGAAAGAAUACUGGUGAAGCCCAGCAAGCUGAGGAAGAGCAGGAGGACGUCCGUGGGGUGCUUAAAAGGCGAGUUGAAACCCGAGAGAGCACAGAGGAAAAGCUUAGGCAACAAGAGGCCGAGCAGAUUGACUUCCGUGACAUUUUGGCAAAGAAAGUCAACACCAAAAGUUUUUCCGAGGAGGAGCUGAAGGAAAUUCCAGCCGAACAAAUGGACUUCCGUGCUAACCUGCAGCGGCAGGUCAAGCCCAAGACCUUGUCUGAAGAGGAAAGGAAGGUCCAUGCUCCUCAACAGGUUGACUUCCGUGCAGUGUUGGCUAAGAAGGGCACCCCCAAGCCUUCCUCGUCAGAGAAGGCACCAGCCCCGAAGCCAGCCACCCCAGAUUUUAGAUCUGUGCUUGGUGGAAAGAAAAAAGCACCGACUGAGAAUGGUGGCCCUAGUGCCCAAGCUCAGAAUGCCAGUGCCAGUUCGGAAGUGCAGAAACCCAGUAGUGUCUCCAAAGUGUCAGAUGCCAGCACCAACUCUAAGAAUCCACCAGCAUCCAAGGCACUGGACACCAACAAUGCCAACUCUAAAAUACCAGCUACCAGCACUGUUUCGGAAGCCAAAGAUGCCAUCUCCAGACCUACAGCUCAGAAUGCUAGCACUAACUCUGAAGCCCAGGUUGCCAGCAUCAACUCUGAAGUGCCGCAUGCCAAGCUGGGGGAGAAAGAAGAUAAGAAUGAUAUCAAUUGCAAAGGUGGUUGCCCACCAGUGGUAGAUGGGCGGAUAAUUGAAGAAAAAGUUAAGGAUCACAAAACUGAACCGAAGGGGACAGCACCAUCUUUUACAGAACAGCUAAAAGAUACCCAUAUAGUAGAAGGUGAAAAAUUAGUCUUGCAGUGUCACGUUUCCUCAGAUCCACCUGCUGCUGUCACCUGGACUCUGGAUGGGAAAGUCAUCAAAUCGUCAAAGUUUAUUGUCCUCUCCCAAGAAGGAUCGCUGUGUUCCUUAACCAUUGACAAGCCCUUUCCUGAAGAUGAGGGUCAGUACAAAUGCAUAGCUGAGAAUACUGCAGGAAAAUCGGAAUGUGCUUGCAGCGUCUUGGUGGAACGUGAGGCAACAGUAACGAAGAAACGCUCUCCAAAGACAGCUCUCCCUCCUCAGAUUGUUCAUUUCCCAGAAGACCAAAAAGUACGGGCUGGAGAAUCGGUGGAACUGCUGUGCAAAGUAUCAGGAACUCUGCCCUUAACGUGUACCUGGAUGAAAUUCCGGAAGCAGAUUCAAGAGAAUGAACACAUCAAAAUAGAGAAUGGUGAGAACAGCAGUAAGCUAACUAUCUCCUCCACGAAGCAGGAACAUUGUGGAUGUUAUACUUUAGUUGUAGAAAACAAGGUGGGCAGCAGACAGUCCCAGGUUAACCUCACCGUUGUAGAUAAACCUGAUCCUCCAGCAGGAACGCCUUGUGCAUCAGACAUCAGGAGCUCUUCCCUUACCCUCUCAUGGUAUGGCUCCUCGUACGAUGGUGGAAGUGCAGUGCAAUCCUACACGGUGGAAAUAUGGAACACAGCGGACAAAAAAUGGACAGAUCUCACUACUUGCCGUAGCACUUCUUACAACGUUCAGGACCUGCUGGCUGACAGGGAGUACAAAUUCCGGGUACGAGCUGCUAAUGUGUAUGGGAUAAGUGAGCCGAGUCACGAAUCGAUGUUAGUAAAAGUAGGAGACAAGCAAGAAGGCCCUAAAGAAGAAGAGGCAGAAGGGUCUGAUGAUGAAGAGAAAGAAAGUGAAGUUGACUAUCGGACAGUGGCUAUCAAUACAGAACAGAAAGUUUCAGAAUUCUACAAUGUUGAAGAAAGAUUGGGAUCGGGGAAAUUUGGACAAGUCUUCCGGCUUGUUGAGAAGAAAACUGGAAAGGUUUGGGCAGGGAAGUUCUUUAAAGCAUAUUCAGCUAAAGAUAAAGAAAACAUAAGGCAAGAAAUCAGCAUUAUGAACUGUCUACACCAUCCAAAACUUGUCCAGUGUGUAGAUGCCUUUGAAGAAAAAGCUAAUAUUGUCAUGGUCUUGGAACUCGUUUCUGGAGGGGAGCUGUUUGAGAGAAUCAUCGACGAGGACUUUGAACUAACAGAGAGGGAGUGCAUUAAAUACAUGAAACAGAUCUCAGAAGGUGUACAGUAUGUUCACAAGCAGGGCAUUGUUCAUUUGGAUCUGAAGCCUGAAAAUAUUAUGUGCGUCAACAAGACUGGUACACAAAUCAAGCUGAUUGACUUUGGACUUGCACGAAGAUUAGAAAAUGCAGGUUCUCUGAAGGUUCUCUUUGGGACACCAGAGUUCGUGGCUCCAGAAGUUAUAAACUAUGAGCCUAUUGGGUAUGCUACAGACAUGUGGAGCAUAGGAGUCAUCUGCUACAUUUUGGUCAGUGGACUUUCCCCUUUCAUGGGUGACAAUGACAAUGAAACCUUAGCCAAUGUUACCUCUGCGACCUGGGAUUUUGAUGAUGAAGCUUUUGAUGAAAUCUCAGAUGAUGCCAAGGACUUUAUCAGCAACCUUCUAAAGAAAGAUAUGAAGGACCGCUUAGAUUGUACUCAAUGCCUCCAGCAUCCAUGGCUGCAAAAAGACACCAAAACCAUGGAAGCCAAAAAACUGUCCAAAGAUAGGAUGAAAAAAUACAUGGCUAGAAGAAAAUGGCAGAAAACAGGAAAUGCUGUCCGUGCCAUAGGAAGACUAUCUUCUAUGGCAAUGAUUUCUGGCCUGAGUGGGAGGAAAUCCUCUUCAAGCUCACCAACCAGUCCUGUUAAUGCUGAAAAGACAGAAGCUGAAGAUGAAGCUGCCAGCGUUCUCCUGGAAGCAGUUGAUGAAGAAAGGUCCCACGUGAAGCCAUAUUUCUCUAAAACAAUUCAAGAUAUAGAGGUUGUGGAAGGCAGUGCUGCUAGAUUUGACUGCAAAAUUGAAGGUUACCCUGAUCCAGAGGUUAUAUGGUACAAAGAUGACCAAUCUAUCAAGGAGUCCCGGCACUUUCAGAUCGAGUAUGAUGAAGAUGGCAACUGCUCUUUGACUAUUUCUGAAGUUUGUGGGGACGAUGAUGCCAAAUACACCUGCAAGGCAAUUAACUGUCUUGGAGAAGUAACUUGUACUGCAGAACUCCUUGUGGAAACAAUGGGGAAAGAAGGAGAAGAGGAGGAGGAGGAGGAGGAGGAGGAAGAAUAAAGCUGAACGGGAGAGAGAUUUGAAAAAACACCCAGUUAAAGAGUAUUUUAAAAGGCUCAUGCAGUGUGACACUAGGUCAUGGGUUUCUUGGUUUGUUUCAUCAGCACAAUGAGCUGACACCUGCUUGUUUUAUUUAUGGGCAUUAACUUGAAUUAGCAAGCACUUUAGGUGGUUGUUGUGCUUGGAUUUAGUUUAAGUUAAAGCAUCAAUUGCAUAGCCCAAACAAUGAAUGUGAACACGCUGUAUGAAGCUAAUCUGCAUUUCUAAAUGGUUGACAAUUUAUUUGUUGAACUUACUGAUCAGGAGAAAGGGGCUGGACAGUUGCACUAAUUGUUCUAUCAACCAGUACAGCAACACUAGAGGACUUGGAGUACUUAUGUUCCAGUCCUCCUAAACACACCUGCAUGUUAUACAGGCCCCAUUGAUAUUCCAAGGUAUCAGUGGAACUUGAAUGAAUGCAAGUGUAUUUUGAGAACAUGGUGCACAAUCCAGCAGUAAGUUUACCUGCAAAGGACUCACUGAAAAGAUGGGAGCUGCCCAACAGAACAUCCUAGUAGAUUAUGUUCUUGGUCUCUAAUUGACUUCUCUUGUCAAGCAUAUAUGCAAGACACAUAGACCUGUCAUCAUUCCGUAACAUAUUUGCAAAAUAUUUAUAAGUGAAGGCUUCCCCCCCCCUCCCAGCAGCAUUUCACUUUUCAUAUUGAAAGUAUUCUGUGUCUGUAUUAGUUUUCCCUCUGAACAUUAUAAUUUUAAGUCAGAAUACCUAGGUUUAAGCCAACAGAGUUAUCACUGGAAUAAAGCGAAUUGAUUUAGCAUAAAUCUAAGCAUUCAGGCGUGACUGCUUUCUAGAUCACAACCUAAAUGUAGUUGCCCUCUCUGAAAAUUAAAGGCACAUUUUCCCACUAAUUUGUUGUUGCCGUCGGUGAGCAGUGGAUCUUCCCUUUCUCAAUUGAUUUUUUUUCUCCUUAAGUGCCAAGUCUUGCAACUAUGUUAGCAACAGCAAGAAAAACCCAGUUUUUUCAGUCUUCAACCAACCCAACUGGCACACCCAGGAUUUGACAAAUGAUACCACAAAUUAUCCAAAUUGUUGUUGAUGUUGAUGUGAUAAAAGAUGACUCCUGCACAUGUCAGUGGGUUCUGUCUGCCUGAUUAUAGGCUGAUAUUGUACUGACUGGCUCCCCACCCCCAGCUGUUAUGCACAAAAAUAGUCAUAAAAAUCAGCCCUACAUUUCUGUUGCUUGGUUGCAGAUUCUUGUCUGGGCAACUAAGCUGAGUACAGAAAACAAAUUUUGCAACUAUGUAAAAUGUGAUUGUUCUGAAGUGUCUGCUGCUGCAAAAUAGUAUAUUGUGUAAAGUCAGUGCCUGUGUGGGGCAACUCAGUUUGUAAACCUGAUAGUUACUUUAUUUGGCUAUUAUAAAAUUUAUUCUGUUGAUGAUUAGCUGGAUAUUGGAGAAGCCAAAGAAAGGGAGCCUAGAUUACAAGUUUCUCUUCAAGUUCCAAGGAACCACAGAUUAACUCUGCAUCUGUGAGGCUAAUGCCUUAAAGUAAAAAAUAAGCACAAUCAACAGUAAAAGAUAAUUUCUUCCCGAAAUCAAUUAACACAUUCAGACUUAUCCACGUUGCUUUUCUUUCACAAUUAGUUGCAGUUCUCUGGCUAUGAAACGUUAUACAAAAUCAAGUAACAGCACAUGUCCACUCUCAGUGCAUCAUUCCAGUUGUGUGGCUUUACUCCACUUUGUGUAUAAAGUGCAAACAUUUUAAAUGUAAGAGCUGAAUUCUUUAAACACACACAACAAAGCUUACUAUAGCUCCUCAAGGCAGAGGGGGGAAAUUAUUUGUACUUUAAUACAGAUGUAUACGGUAUCAUCUUUAGAUUGUUUGAUUUUACUUAGUCUUAUGUGUUCUAUAUUAUUUGCUGGUCUGCCUGUUUGAAUGCAACAAUUCAAAAUUUCAUAUAUGAGGCUCACUCACAAUUGCUGUGGGUUUUUAUUACUGCUUUUGCUGUUUCUCGCUAGGUUGAGGUUACCAGCAUGUCUUCUUUUUAAAUGGAUAUAGAACUUUUGUUAUAGUAAAACACAAUAAUUGCCAGUUUGCCACACAUUCUUAUAAAGAAAAGGUUUUAGUAUUAUUUAGUGCAUACAAGGCAUUUUCUCACGUUUUCAAAGUGUUAAGAAAACAACGGGGUGUAUUUUUUUUGUAUACCUUAAUUAAAAAUAUGCUAACGUUUUCCAGAUUUCUUAAACCAUAAGAGUUGCAAGAUAUGAGAACACUACAGCUGUAGUUACUCACAAUUCCUUUACCAAAUAAACAAAUACCACAAAAGCA